AUGGAGUUUGAAGAUGAACGGAGGGCUGAGGCCAUUCCGAUGGCACGAGCAUCUGUUGGGAAUGGGAACUCCGCUAACGCCAGACAAGAUGUCAGACAAGACGUGGCAGCUCGUUGGUGGGUGCAGAGGACAGGGAGGCGCUGUAAAGAGUGGUUCUUGCGGUCAAGAGCCCGUAGGCAAUGCUUACGUUACUGUGUUAUGCUGGUGGUCAUCAUCAUCAUGGUCAUCACUGUCGUCAUCACUACAUACGUUGCAGGACUUUGGACAUCUCACUCUGGAAAAGGUGCCUAUGAACAGUGUUCCAGUGAGUGGAUAGGUUAUGGAAACAAGUGUUAUUUCAUCUCAGAGGAGGAAAGAAACUGGACGUCUAGUCAGACCUUCUGCGCUGAGAGUGGAUCCUCGCUAGCUGUUUUUGAAAGCCAGGAAGAAGUGCUUUCUUUAGCUAAGCAUUUGAGAAUAGAAGACACCUGGAUCGGAUUGCGCAAGAAAGGUGAAAGCUUUUACUGGCAGAACGGUGUUGCCUUGAAGAACGACUCGUUCCAGAUCGACAAUCACUCUGAGUGUGCCUACUGGGAUGGCUCCACUAUUUCUACGUCGGCGUGCUCUUUGCCCAGGCGCUAUAUCUGUGCCCGCUCCCCUAAAAGGCUGACUUAA